GAAGGGAAGGUACAGACCCCACGCGAGAAGGAGAUGGGCAGGCAGGCCGCAGCAGGGAGAGUGAUCCAGACACAGGCCAGCAGGGCGACACAGAGGGGCCGUUGGAGGUGGCAGCGGAGGGCAAGGGCCGCCCCCUCCCGGACUCAGACCCUCCAGCGGGCAGCGCCGGUCCCAGCAUUGCUGUUGCCUGCACGCCCAGAAUUCCCCUGGAGGAGGAGGAAGGUGCGCGGGAGGGGCGUGUAGGCGGCUCACCUACCCCGCGCGGGGUCAGGGACUGGGCUUGCCCCCCGGGUCCCAGCACAGUUUCAGGAGCCUCCUUGUUUGCUAAGUCGGGUUAAGGAAAUCAGAUGUUCCCAAGCAGUUGGUUUUAUAAAGUUUACACAUCCAGCGCCCUUAUUUCAUAAUCAAGAAGCGCGAACUCCAACAGAAAUUACUUAAAAGCAGAAAACCCCAACUUUGUGCACUGGGGAAAACGCUGCAGGGCUUCCUGUGGUGUCUUCAUUUCCCGAGCCGUGAGCUCAGUCCGGGUCUGGGUGCCAGCGGCUGUUCUUUUUCUCCCCGCCCAGCCCCGCCGCCCACGUGUCUGGGCUCCAUUUGCAUUAGAGGGGCUAGGGGCUUUAGCUUUGGUCAGGAAGGUGUGGACCUUGGACCAAACCGGCCAUUUUGGGUCUUAGUGCAGCCUCCUUUGAGGCAAUAUCCAGGAAUGUCCUCUUACUCAUGAAUGACAAAGCAUUUAACUCCCUGUUGGUGUCUGGGACUAAAGGAACCUGAGAAAUAGAUGGUUACAAAACAAUGGCUUAAUACACUUUAUUAUUACACAACAUCUGUGCUAUGACUUGCUAUAGGCAUGUUUCCCUUCUUAAUCAUACCUGCUUCAGCAAACCUUCCUGAAGCUUCCAGUCAAAGGUGGUGGGGAGACAUGGCUGGAGCAAGGGAAUGGGCUUGGAUGGAACGUUCAGCUGGGAAGAAAUUUACGUGACAGCAGCCGAGGUGAUUCUCCUAGGUCACUGGCUGCUGACAACCUGGGGCUGCAUUGUAUUCUCAGGCUCCUAUGCCUGGGCCAACUUCACCAUCCUGGCCUUGGGCGUGUGGGCUGUGGCUCAGCGGGACUCCAUUGACGCCAUAAGCAUGUUUCUGGGUGGCUUGCUGGCCACCAUCUUCCUGGACAUCGUGCACAUCAGCAUCUUCUACCCGCGGGUCAGCCUCACGGACACGGGCCGCUUUGGCGUGGGCAUGGCCAUCCUCAGCUUGCUGCUCAAGCCGCUCUCCUGCUGCUUCGUCUACCACAUGUACCGGGAGCGCGGAGGUGAGCUCCUGGUCCACACUGGUUUCCUUGGGUCUUCUCAGGACCGUAGUGCCUACCAGACGAUUGACUCAGCAGAGGCGCCCGCAGAUCCCUUUGCAGUCCCAGAGGGCAGGAGUCAAGAUGCCCGAGGGUACUGAAGCCAGCCACGCUGCGCCCGGCCCUGCUCCGGGCCUUCCUCGUGCCUGGGAGGUCGUUCUAGGGAUGCUCCUGACCUCCGUCUCUUGGACCUAAGAUGGAAUGUGUCCCCAGCUCAGGGAUUGCCUGAACCAAGAGGCCAGGAGCCCCCAUGGGCCGCCCAGUACCAUGCACACUCCUGUCCCAAACUCCCUGAGGCCUCCCCUCUCUUCAGGGUAAAGAGAACCAGGGUCUCUCUUUACCUCCUACCCAAUGGUGGCACCACAGAGGCCCUCAGCCGAGUCCUGCCUGAGUGUUGCAAGCUCAGGCCUUUAAGGACUGCUGAUGCCCCCUCAGGCCUCCCCCAAGUUUGCUGGGCUUUGGUGGAAGCCCUGAGAGCUUCAGGUCCUGCUCAGCCCGAGGAGCAGUCUGGCAUGGGAGUGAGGCCCCGUCCUUCUCACUGCCUGGUCACAUGGUGCCUAGGGAUGCAGGGCUGGAGGCCAGAGGUGUCAGCAAUACUGUGACCCACCACAACCUCCAGCCUCCCUUUUCAGAGCCACAGCAUUAAAGUUUGGGGAAUUCUGUA